GUUGGAAUGGAGAGUGAUGGAAGGAAAAAGAUUGGUGUGUGUCCAUUAUCAAAAUCAAAACAUGCACCUUCUAUGCGCACUAACAUCACCAAAGUGCACAUUUUGAAUGUGGGCCCUUCCAUCUUCCCCCAUAGCCAAGCCAACUAAGAGUUAUCACCCACAUCAUCAACACUCACCUUCUCAACCCAUCAUUGCCAUCACUGAAUUCUCUCCCACUCUUUCCUUUCUUCUUGCUUUCCAUUUCCCCAUUCACACACUAAAAUGAAUCCCCUUCACAAUACCAACAACUAGAUGCCAAUGUUUUAGAUUUUUUUGCUUUAGUAAUUAUGUGUUUGUCUCUCCCUUGGUCUAAAAUCUAAACCAUCUUUUCUUGAAGGGUGAGAGAAAAAUAGAAAAAAAGUUCUGAUUUUUUGUGUGAUGGGGUGUUGGUAAAGGAGCUGGUGCAAACUGCAAAGCUGUGUUUGGAUUUGGCAUAAUGGGAAAUUGCUGGUGUAGGUUGGAAUCAUCAGAUUAUAGAGUCUCAUCCAAUGUAAAGUCAGAACAAAACCAGGUAAUCAAACAAAGGCAUGAUGAUAGUAAGUUACCAUCCAACCCUGAAGAAGUAGAAGACCUUCGCCGCGAUUCAGCAGCAAAUCCAUUGAUUGCAUUCACUUAUGAUGAGCUAAAGCUGAUCACUGGAAAUUUUAGGCCAGAUCGUGUGUUGGGAGGAGGAGGAUUUGGAAGUGUUUAUAAAGGUUUUAUUUCUGAGGUGUUAAGACAGGGGCUUCCUUCUGUUGCUGUUGCUGUUAAGGUUCAUGAUGGUGACAACAGUCAUCAAGGCCACAGAGAAUGGCUGGCAGAAGUCAUAUUUUUGGGGCAGCUUUCACAUCCAAAUCUAGUGAAAUUAAUUGGAUAUUGCUGUGAAGAUGAGCAUAGGGUGCUAAUAUAUGAGUACAUGGCCCGGGGAAGUGUGGAGCACAAUUUGUUCUCAAAAAUUUUGCUUCCCUUGCCAUGGUCCAUAAGAAUGAAGAUUGCAUUUGGCGCUGCAAAGGGACUUGCAUUUCUUCAUGAAGCAGAAAAACCUGUCAUCUACCGUGAUUUUAAGACAUCAAAUAUCUUACUAGACCAGGACUAUAAUGCAAAACUUUCUGACUUUGGCCUCGCUAAAGAUGGACCAGUUGGAGACAAAUCCCAUGUUUCUACUCGAAUAAUGGGAACAUAUGGCUAUGCUGCACCUGAAUACAUUAUGACAGGUCAUCUUACCCCUAGAAGCGAUGUUUACAGUUUUGGUGUUGUUCUCCUUGAGCUUCUCACGGGAAGAAAAUCACUAGACAAGCUAAGACCUGCCAGAGAACAGAACCUCACAGAAUGGGCACUUCCAUUGCUGAAGGAAAAGAAAAAAGUACAAAACAUUAUAGAUCCAAGGUUAGAAGGUCAUUAUCCAGAAAAAGGAUUUCACAAAGCUGCAAUGCUUGCAUAUCAUUGCUUGAACAAAAAUCCAAAAGCAAGGCCUCUCAUGAGAGACAUUGUGGAUUCAUUGGAGCCUUUGACAACAUACAGUGAGGUUUCUAUUGAGAAAACAUUGACCAUAGUCGGUGAGGUUCCAGAAGCUGAAUUGAAAAAGAAAGAUGAAAAAUGACUCAAAGACGGUGUUUUCAUUCUCAUCAUGUUCAUAGGGAGAGGUUUUGCCUUAACUUCUUGUGUUUGUUAACAUGACAUAACAGGCAAUUUCUUUCUAUUCUAGCUAUCCCUUUCUUUGCUUUCUUCAACAUGGACUGCUGUAUGAACUAAUGUCAAAUUAAGAUGAAAAAACAAGCAAAAUAGAGGCAAUACAAGAUAUGUUCUUAAGCA